AUGGCUGGGAAUGAUAACAUCGAAAAGAGGACUCUUAAUGAUUAUGCUCGUGCAAGACCAAGGGAAAACCCCACCAGCAUUGUGAAACCCCCCAUUCAAGCAAACAACUUUGAGAUUAGACUAGAUUUGAUGAGAGUGGUACAGCAAGAACAAUUUGUGGGACAUCCUUCGGAAGACCCUCACACCCACAUCCAAAACUUCUUAGCCAUUUGCAACAUGGUGAGGAUGAAUGGGGUCAGUGAUGAGACAUUUGAUGAUGGGUUGAAUGUGGCUACCAAGACUAUGGUAGAUGCAGUUGUUGGAGGAUCACUUUCCUUGAAGACUCCUGCAGAAGCUCGUGAACUUAUUGAGGUAAUGGCAUCUAACAACUACAACCACAGAGACAAAAGUACAAUGAAGAGGGGUGUACUGGAAUUGAACACAUUGGACGCACUGCUGGCCUAA